AUGUCGAGUCUCUUCAAACUCUUGCUAAUUGUACUGAUGAGUUCAUUUUCUAUCAGUGAUGUCUUUGAUACUGGCCGACAAAAAUAUCAACAAAUCGAACUGCUAUCAAAAUCUUCAACAGAAACAUCCUCAUGUUGGCAUCGAGUAUUAACAAUGUUGCACGAACGUUGUUCAUUGGAUCAAUUAGAUCAAUAUCAAUCAUUGAUUGCUUACCAAUUCACUCUUUGCCAUCUAUCAACAAUGAACUCCGAUUUGACAAGUAUUGCGUGUGAUGAACAUCGAGUUGAGUCAUGCGUUGAAAAACUUCAUCAAUAUACAAAUGCAUUCAUUGCUUAUACGGAAUUCUAUCCUUUCGUUCAAAGUGUUUGUUAUGUUCUACAUGAAAAGUCAUACCAAUCGGAAUUGACGUCACGUCUGACAUAUUUCCUUGAAAAUUCUCAAGAAACAAUAACGAAAUUAGUUUCCUCGAUUCAACUGCAGACUGAACUAACACAGAAAAUUAAACAUCAGCAAUACAUUCAAGAAACAAUUCUCACAAAUGCAAUGAAAUUGAAAGAUUUGGCUCGAAUAAAUAUGGAUAAAACACAAGAUAUUCUCAGUAAUGUCAUUCAAGCUGCUCGUCAUGAAUACGAUCUACUAAAACAAAUCUGUGCACUUUCACAAACAAUUCAAACGAUCGUACGAAUUACUUGUACAUAUUCAUUUUGGUUCUAUGCUCUGUCAAUGUUCGCUAUUUAUAUGAUUACCAUUCCGAAACGAACAAAUCGAGCGAGGUCAAUGCUAUUCUCCGGUAUGUUUCUCUAUGUUCUCCUCGAACGAUACCUUCAAAUGUCAACGAUAAUCAAUUUCUAUCAGUGGCGUUUGAUUUGUUGGACAUGUUGUCUAUUGGUCCUGAUUCGAUUCGCGUAUAAAUAUCAAAGUCGAACAGAAAUACAUCAUGAGCAACUCCAUCGUAUCUCAACGAAUCUUAUGCAAACCGAAGCAACCUUCCAUCGAGUAUCAAGAGAAUUAAAACGUGCACGUUCACGCUCACGUUCGCGUUCUCGAUCCAUUCGAGCAAGACAGCGUCAAACUCAACUGCCUUCUCCACUUGUUCAAGAUCGUACUAAUGAAAACAAAGAAAAUACUCAACCAAUAGACAAGAUCCCUCCUUCGCAAAGUCAUCUUAUCGACGAUGAAAACGAUCAAUCAUUUAUCAAUCAUACAAACAAACGUCAUUAUAGUCUGCUGCUCUCUCGCGAACAAUCUAGAUCGUCGAAGCCGAUACAAGUUCUACUAGAAUCGAAAAAAGUCAAUAGCAAUAUAUAG